AUUGAGGGAGGAGCGACGCGCGUUAGCCUAGCUAGCUACAUGUUCUUCCUGUGUGCUUUCUUGUCUGUUUGCAAGGGUUACUGCGGAACAUCUUUUACUUUACAGGCCCCAGUCGAUCGGAUCAAAAUGAUUAUCCCGGUCCGGUGCUUCACCUGUGGGAAAAUCGUUGGGAAUAAAUGGGAGGCGUACCUUGGCCUCCUUCAAGCUGAAUACACUGAAGGUGAUGCCCUUGAUGCUCUUGGUCUGAAGAGGUAUUGCUGUCGGAGGAUGCUGCUGGCUCAUGUAGACCUCAUUGAGAAGUUGCUGAAUUAUGCACCCCUGGAGAAAUGAUGGAUACAACAACCACAUACAAGAAUCAUAUGGCUUAUUUAUGGACAAGCCCUGGCUGACUGCCAGUGAGGCAGUGCACCCUGAUGGAUUGACAUCCUCAAGAGACUAUUUUCACACCUUGUUUGAAUCCUACAUGUUUUUUUGUUGUUGAAUAAAGCAAUAAAUACUAAAUUAUAAUAAGU